AUUAAGAAAUAUUUAGCACCAAUCAUUCUUCAUUUCCCUUAAGUCUUCAUUUUAAUCAUUGAUCAUUAUACAUGCGUCAGAAUUGUGUUUACUUUGUUGUACGUAUUAAGGUAUGAACAUGUAUAGGUAAAUUUAAUCCCAUUGUUGCAUCCAUGUUUAUCCGAUAAGUUCUUCAGUAUAAUAAUAAUUUUCUAAGCAUGUUUAAACAAGAAUUAAUAGUUGACAAACAAAAUUAUUUACUGAUUUUCAAAUAAGCUUCGGCAUCGAUAGGAGACGGAACGCACAAUGUCGGUUGCAGUUAAUGGAUCUAUAUGUUCGUACACUUACGAAGAAAUUGACGAGCUAAUAGGAAAAAAUAUAACUGAAGAUGAUAUUUUGAAAUGGCCAUGUGAACUUGUAUCAUUUUGGAUUGAUUUACUUCCUUUUGUAACAGUUGUAAAAUUCUUGCUAUCAUAUGGUACAUCAGUUAUAGUUGCCGCCGGAGUAUUUGGAAAUAUUGUGUCCUUAUUUGUGUUGGUACAAAGUCAGAUGCGAAAGAACCCACCGAAUUUAUAUUUGACCGUUCUAGCCGUGUAUGAUUCCUGCACUCUCGUAUUCAACUUCAUGGUCGGUGUGCUUCGAGGGAAUUUUGAGACGGUGAACCACGUGUGCCAAGACAGUGAGACUUUGUGUACCGUACAUAGUGUAGUUGUGGAACUUUUUAAUAUUCUUUCAGUGUGGAUAAUAGUGGCGUUUACCGUAGAGCGAUACGUCAUGAUAAGGUAUUCUUUGAAAGUGAGACCUUCCAGAAGAAAGACUUGUUUUACCAUCCUAUUUCUUUCAUUCGUCAUAUUUUUAAUAUCACUACACAAAAUUGGUGUGUCGGGAUUCGAGGGUGACUCUGUGUACGGAUACAAAGCGUGUAAAACAAGGAGAUUGAUCUUUAAAGAAAUCAUCGCCGUUUAUGUCGCAUUAAAUACUUGGCUACCGACAAUGAUUAUUGCCCUGGUAAAUGUUGGAAUCAUACUAGAACUGCGCAUAAGUCGCAAAUUGAACGAUUCACUUCCUCAAAAAGUGUUAUCUGAAGCAGACAACCGAACUACUAAACUACUACUUCUUGUCUCUACCCGAUACCUGUUACUUGUCCUGCCUCUUGGCAUCGUGCAAACCACGGAACUCAUCUGGAACCAGAUGUUUGCUGUAACACCAGACAGUCCUGAAUACGUGAACUUUAUGAUAACAAAGCUAAGACUGAAAUGGACGAGGGCUUUCUUCUUUUUCUUCUACCAAUUCAAUUUUGCAAUUAAUAUAAUUAUAUAUGUGGCAUCGCCGGUGGCAACGCAAUUCCGGAGUCACUUGUGUAGGGUUUUCAGAAUGAAGCAAAAGUUUGAAAGUUUUGAGUGGUCAUGAAUAUAAUUAUACAAGUGUCUAAACAAGUGUCAUUUAUUAUAAAUUGUAUAUAACACAAAUGAAGAGAACUGUAAUCCAAAAUAUAUAGCUUUUUUAUUUAAUUAUUUCAUAAAAUCUACUUAUCUUAAUGCGUAAUUCCAACUAAUGUAGGUUAUGGAAGAUUAUCAGGGCUAUAGUUACCUAGCCUAAAAUGCCUUAUCUGAAUGUUUACAGCCACCAGAAACUAAGCAUUCAUUAAAUUUGGUUAUAUAUUAAUGCUGGUGCUGGUCGUGCACCUUUUUAUUUAUGGAGAUCACGAGUAAUUUAUAAUAUUACUCUAAUUAAACACUUAAAUAAUCAAACGCCUAAUAUUUGUAAUUUCACAGAGUGUUUUCACUGGUGCUGCAUAUAUUUAUGAAGUUUCUCAUUUUUUAUUCAUCACUUUUCAUUCAUUGCAAGAAUAAACAGAGACGUCACGUGCACUUCAUCGUUACAUCAUUUUAUAGUAACAUGUUAAUAUUCUCAAUCUGAUAUUAUUUUUUGUCUUUAGUAAAGUUUUGUAAAAAUAUUUUUUGUAGUAAUGCAAUGACAGUGCAUAAAUUAAUGUGUAGUCAAUGAAUAAGAAUAGAAAAAUAAAUCUAAAUGUCAUAUAUGUCAUGGUUUUUUGUCAAUUAUCGAUAUACAUAUACAUUUAUGUUUUAAGUCAUUA